AUGUCAUCAGAUCUUGAUUCAAUCAACCUUGACACUGGUCAGAUCAAAACCUGGCGAUCCAUCAUCACCCUUGUCGUUUUCAUCUUCACCAAUAUCAUUGUGCUUUUUCCAUUUCAUAUCCCAAUCUACAUCCCGAGACCAAUUUACAACGUCGUCUUGGAUACCCUAAGUGCUUUGCGGAUAAUAUCGCCAAGAUCACAACCCUUUGAGCAAGACUUCAAUGAUGAUAACAAUGGCAAAGUCAAGCCGUUUGUACGGUUUAACUUCCCUAUGAACUUUGUUACAACACCUCUGAUUGCAGACCUCUUCCUGCUUGCUAUCCUCGCUAUUGGUCGAGAUGAAGUACACGAUGGUACGAUUGGGGCAAACAACAUCUCGCCGCUCGACAUCAUGGUGUUCUUCCUCUCUCUAGCAUAUAUUGCUAUCUCUAUCGACGCUUCUGGUCUUAUCAGGUAUCUGGCGUUCAAAGUGCUUCAGAAAGGAGGCAAGGUUGGGCACAGACUAUUUUUCUACCUCUACGCCUUCUUCUUCGUCUUGGGCAGCUUCAUUGGGAACGAUCCGAUCAUUCUAUCGGGCACUGCGUUUCUUGCCUACAUGACCCGGGUAUCGAGCAACAUUAUUCAUCCCAGAGCUUGGAUUCAUACGCAAUUCGCCGUCGCUAAUAUCGCCUCAGCAAUCCUUGUGUCUUCCAACCCAACCAACCUCGUGCUCGCCGGUGCUUUCAAGAUCAAGUUCAUCGUCUAUACCGCGAAUAUGAUUGUACCUGUUGUUACCACAGGUAUUGUGCUAUUCCCAUUCCUGCUAUACAUUGUCUUCGCCGACGAAUCUCUCAUACCCUUCUCGAUUCAAAUGCAUGAGCUCUCAGAGGAAGCGAAAGCUAAGAAGCCUGUGAAUCCCAACAUUCCUCAUGCCAGAGGAACCGCAGAGGAAGAAGAGGACAAGAAUAAUGAAGAAGGCAAGCUUCUCUCGCUUGAAGAGAUCAUGAAUCCUUUUCUGGACAAAGGAGGUGCAGUUUUUGGCGCGGUCAUCAUGACUGCGACGCUUGUGACCCUGCUGGCGCUCAACGCUGCUAGUCAGAGCAGUGGUGAACAUCCCGUCUUCUGGGUUACUUUACCCGCCGCGUUUGUCAUGUUCUGUUGGGAUGUGGGGUUUGGAUGGUAUAAUCGUCAUGACACUCGCGAGAUUGCUCGUAAAGGUCGACAGGAGAUCGAAGACGCCCUAGCUGAGCGACUGGCCCGAGAAGAAGAGGAAGCAAAUCGAGCAGCUCUUGAGGAGCAUGUAGAUGCUACAGCAGCAUAUAACCUAACCCUGACAACGUCACCAGAACCCCAGGCUGACGAUCACACCACAACUACAAAUGAUGAAAUCACACCGGCGCCGACCGAAAAACGAAACGGCCUAACCUACAUGUUGACCCCACCUCUCGACACCUCAGCCUCAAUGCUCGACUUUCAAGAAAACGGCCGCACUACAAGCGCUGUAGAUGAGAAGAAAGACCUGUCCCGCAUCGAACUAGGCACCACCUCUAGCAACGACGAAAAACGAGCCUCAUCCCGCACAUCGCCAUCACCUUCACCCUCCUUUCCGCAGAGUCCCAAACGCACAAACCUCGUCUCCUUCCUCGCCUCCAGAUACCACUGGUCCCAAGAAACCUUCCCCACGGUCACCGCCGUAAUCGCCCACUUACCAUUCGCGCUCGUGCCCUUUGCAUUCUCCAUGUUCGUGCUCGUGCAAGGACUCGUCACGAAAGGCUGGGUUCCUGUGUUUGCGCACGGCUGGGAUUAUUGGGUCCGUAAGACAGGGACAGUGGGCAGUAUUGGCGGCAUGGGUUUCCUCUCCGUCAUUCUGUGCAACUUCGCAGGCACAAACAUCGGAACCACAAUCCUGCUCUCCCGCGUCAUCCAAGCCUGGCAAGCAAUUCACCACCGCAACGGCCUGCCCAUCACGGACCGCACCUUCUGGGGUGCCGUCUACGGCAUGGCUCUCGGUGUAAAUUACGGCGCCUUCUCUACUGCUUUCAGCGCGUCGCUCGCGGGUCUGCUGUGGAGGGAUAUCCUGGCUCGGAAGCAUAUCAGAGUGCGGCGUUUGGAUUUCGCGAGGGUCAAUGUGCCGAUUAUCGCUAUUGCGAUGGCAGUUGGGUGUGCGGUGCUUGUGGGCGAGAUAUAUGUUGUGAGGGGAGAGAAACCUUAUAAGAUUAAUGAUUAA